AUGUCUACGCGCACCACAUCCCGCUCGCAGGACGAAAAGACCGUGCGAGAAUGGGGCUUCUCCCACGUCUUCACAUGGACAGAUGGGCCCUAUGCACACUACCCACCUCAUUCCCACAGCGGCCUGACCACGCACCUGAUCCGGCGCGGGUCACUGACCAUCACGUACCCCGAGGAUGUGAGUCCGACCAAGGAGACGUUCGGCGUUGGCGCUCGCAUCGACGUGCCUGCAGGAAAACUGCAUGAGGUGUGGAUGGGUGAAGAAGGAUGUGAGUACGUUAUUGGAGAAUAG